GUCCUUGCAUCGCCUUCUUGACAACGACACCAAGAUGGCGGAUAACUGAUGCCGUUGAAUCAUAUUCGGUGCCGCAUCGCGCAUCAGGCGUCCAACGUGGCAGUACUGUAUCGCUAGGCAGACACGAGUGUCCCGAAGUCUGCCUAACGCCUGAGCCAGGCGCCCGACGCAAUAUUCAUAUAGCAACCCGCCCACAGACUGCGCCUGUCUCAUAUCUUUUUUCCCAUCGCCCAUCGCAUACCUCUAUCGAGAACACGAUCAUGCUAUUCUCGCCAGUGAUGCGCAAUGCCGUUCUCCAGGCAACCGCCAUCUGCGCCGUCUCCUUGCUCUACAGCCAUUAUGCCGAAGAAAAUAUGUUCGACGAAGUAACGCAGGAUGAAACAUUCAAGACACUUCUGUACGUUAUCGCCAAUGGAACGAUGCCCGACGAUCCGGUUCUUGAUUCCGUAAAUCAAAAGCUGCGUACUGGUGAAUUAGCUAUCGAUGCCACACACACGGUCAACACCACGUACGGUACCUCGUUCUCCUUUGCCACCAUUCGGCAUGGCAAUGGAACUGGAACUGGACUCAAUGCAACUAAUGCUACCAACGCGACUGCGGGUAGUGGAAUGCCAGAGUCUUUCUAUGGGCGAAAGUUCCCAAGAGAGGUGAUCAUCUCACUGGCGCUCGCUAUACUGCAGUAUUGGUGGCUUAUUGGCCUUGAAAAGAUCUUGCCUGCUCGACCAAGAUAUCGAGACGCCUCGGCUCAGCAAAAGGAGCAAGUCGAGGAGAACGAAGAUAGAGAGGAAGAGGUAGUGAAGAAGUGGAUUGCACAGGGUAGAGUGCAUCGAGCGUCGUUGAACUGGCGCAAUACUUUCGUCAAAUGGGUGCUCGAUAUGACAGUCGGACUGUUGUGUAUAUUCACCGUGGAGCACAUGCUUCGACAGCUUCUCAAGAUCAAGUCACCAAUGUUGAUCUUCGAUGACUUGGACGGCCAUCUUGCCUACAACUUCCUGGCAACAUUCUUCUCCGUCACCCCACUUGUUCGCCUUGCCGCGUUCAUCCUCGCUCCAGCGUACAAGCAGAUAAUAUUUAUCGAAGGUUUUCAGCUAGUCUGGACGGUGUUCGCCUUACAGUUCUUACGCAUCAUAGCCUCAUGGGCGGUAAAAACGGACUUUGCCCAGAGUGUCAUGCAGAAUAUGACCAAAGAAGCUGAGGCAGAUAUCAAAUAUCGACGGUACAGAACUAUGCGUGACAGAGAGCUGUGAGUCUGUAGACUAGCAGAGAGUACCUGUCAAUUAAAUGUUUCAUCAUUACACUACCGCCAGCUUGGCAUCACAAGAAUGCUCGUACUCAGUUUUAUCUCCAAUGUGUCCAUCAAAGACGGUCUUACCUACCUUUCCGGACUUGUCUUCAUGAUCCAACCACAUGAGCGCUUCCUUCACCAGAUCUGAUGGCCCGGCAAUAGUCGGCACAUGCCAUUGGUCCUCCGCCUGGCUCACAAAGUUUGCAUGUGCACUGUCCUGUGCCUGCACGAUAAUUCGUGCGCAUUCAACGCGUGAAAAGGAAGCCCGAGGCGUCGCAGGAAACUUCUCUUUGGGUUCAAAGGCUAUGGUAAGAGUUGACAUGGAUGCGCGAGGUGUGGGCUGAAGUGAUUUUUCGAAUGGUAGGUAAGGAAGCC